UCACUUAUCUAUUCUGCUUGUUCUUCUUUGUCUCUUGCUUCAAUCAAACCAGUAAAAAGAGUAUAUUUUUCUUCCUUUGUUUGUUGCACAUAUACGUAUACAUAUACAAACUUAUAUAUUGGGGGAGAAAGUGUUGUUGGCGCAGGUUCACUUUCUGUCGGCAUUUGUCUGUAUCCAACGAUGGGUAUUAUUAGUUGUUCAAUUUUGUUUAUUCAUAUUUAUUUAAGCUGAGGGAAGUUUAUGGUUUUUCUUUUUUCACUGGAACUUGAAUCCCCAAAGCUGUUUUUGGUGUUUUUUUUCCAUUUGUUUUUGUUUUAAUGAUUUGGACAUUCCAUCUUGUUUAUUAAAAAAAAAGGAGGAAAAUGACAACUAUUCCACCAGCUUCAACUAUUUUGCUUCCUUGAUUCCUCACCAUUUUUGCGUGCUCACUCCACCCUUUUAUUUUCCUUGAUUUCACCUAUUCACCCUUUAUCUUUUUCUGGGUAUCUCUCUUGAUUUCUUCCCCCAAAUCUCAUGCAAGUUUGUUGUUGUUCCUUGUUACUUUUCGGUGUGGGAAUGUGGGUGAUUCUCUACUCCUAAAGAGAUCAACUUGAUUUCUCAUUGCCAAAUGAAUGGGAAUACAGAUGUCAAGGAAUCUUGCAGCAAUAUUAGGAGGUGCUGCAGGAGCCGUGGCAUUGGUGGUGAUUGUUGGCUUGCUUGUAUGGUUCUGCCUAUUUCACAAACGGGGUGUUUCGAGAACAUCCGAGACAGGUUCUUCGGAACCAUCUGUUCAAGGACUAGGAAGACAUAUUGGGGUUCAGUUGUCACUACGGGAAGCUAGACGUUUUGAUUUGCAGGAGUUGUCUUCGGCGACCAAAAGUUUUAGCGAUAGAAACCUGAUUGGGGAAGGAAAAUUUGGCGAGGUAUAUAAAGGUUUGCUUCAAGAUGGGGUGCUGGUUGCAAUCAAAAAGCGAGUUGGAGAACCUAGUGAGGAAUUUAUUGAUGAGGCCUGCUAUCUUUCAUCUAUUCAGCAUCGGAAUCUUGUCACUCUCUUGGGCUACUGCCAGGAAAAUAAUCAACAAUUUCUUGUUUAUGAAUAUAUACCCAAUGGAAGCGUUUCCAUUCACUUGUACGGAGUCGGUCAAGUGUCAGCUCAGAAGAUAGAAUUCAAGCAUAGACUUUCAAUUGCUCUAGGUGCAGCUAAAGGAUUGGCGCAUCUCCACUCUCUAAGUCCUCGAUUGGUACAUAAAGAUUUCAAAACAGCAAACGUUCUCGUAGAUGAGAAUUUUAUAGCCAAGGUUGCAGAUGCCGGAUUACGGAAUUUUCUGGGAAGAAUGGAUGUUGCUGGACCUUCUUCUCAAGUGACGGCAGAUGAGAUAUUUCUUGCUCCCGAGGUAAGGGAGUUCAGACGAUUUUCUGAAAAAAGUGAUGCAUAUAGCUUCGGGGUAUUCCUUUUGGAGCUAGUAAGCGGACGAGAAGCAUCAGAACCGUCAUCUUCAAACUCCAAGGAGAACCUUGUUGAGUUGGUGCAAAAUAGCCAGGAUUACAGCAACAUUUCCAGCAUCAUCGAUCAGCGGUUGGGGAGUCGCUUCACAGCUGAAGCUAUGGAAGAAUUCAUAAAACUAACAGUCCGGUGUUUGGAACCAUCGAGCGAGAGGAGACCGGCCAUGAGCCAUGUUGUAACGGAACUCGACCGGAUACUCGAUAAAGAGAUGAGCUUGACGACUGUGAUGGGGGAAGAAAGCCCGACCGUGACCCUUGGAAGCCAGCUUUUUAGAGCGACGAAAUGAAGGAAAAUAUGCGGUGUGUGAUAUUGGUGAAGCACAAAAUUUACUUUGAGAUUCAGCUGUUUGUUAAGUGUAUAAAAAACAGCUGUAAUAAUUUUUUUUU